AACCACAUUCCCUCCUCAAACAUUUCAAUAGCCGUUGGACUUUUGUCUGCUAUGCUCUGUCCACAUUUUCAAACCCAAAUCCAAUCUCAUGCAACUACUCUCUUCUUUUCACUGCUUCACCCCCACACUCUAAAUUGAACCCCUUCACAUUCCACCCAAUGGGUUGCUGUUUGUCCACACCCAAAAACCACACGCAAACCACUCACAAAAACCACCAUCAUGAACCACCACCUCCACAGCAGCAGUCGCCGCCGCUGCCACCAUCACCACCGUUUGAAGAGGAAUAUGUGAAAGAGGUUCUGUCGGAGACCCCAAUUCCCAAACCACCCCAAGGUUCAAUUUUGACGCCAGAAACAAAAACCCUUUUGCCUCUCCUUCAAAACCCACUUCCCAUUUUCGAAACCAAACUCCCCAUCGAAGAACAUUCCGAGCCUGUCUCUCAGCUCUCAGAAACAUGCAGUAUGAGCGAGAGCUUCUCCGCCACCACCACCACUACGGCUACCGCUACCACUACAACGGUCAACGAGGUGAGAGAAGAAGACGAAGCAACCAGCAAAGUCCACAAGUGGGAUCGGUCUCCGUCCAGGAAGAGACCCCACGCCCCAGAUGGCAACUUCGCCAGCGGGAGAGACCGUAGACUCAAGUCUCCGGCGAGGAAGUCGGAGCCGUCGCCGGAGAAGAAAAUCAAAGGUGGUCCCAGGCAAAUUCGGGGAAGGGAAAUGAGGGAGCCCGUCAUGGCGGCAAAUCGGAGGCGAAAUUCCAGAGCCGCUGCUAUCCGGCGGGACUCCGGAGAAGGUUCAGGCCGGAGGUCAAGGUCGCCGGCACGUGCUAUGACGGGGAAGAUGAAUGCAGGUGGUAGUCGGAAAGAGGUUGCCCCACCGAGUUUGGCUGAGAAGAAAGAGACUGCGCCGGAGAUUGCGGUAGGAAAAGAGAAUGAGAAGGAAAAGAAAAGUGAGGGUGAAGAAGUUGGGGAGGAAAACGACGUCGUAUUGCAGGAAGAGUGCCUCGAGAACCCUCACGUUUCGAUGGAGUGCUUUAUUUUUCUGUAGAAGCACGUUUCGCUGGAGUGCUCUAUUUUCCUGUAGAAGCACGUUUCCCAAGCUAUUUUGGGACUUCUGAAGCGAUUUUCACAUGCAGUUGCUUUUCUUUCAAGCAGUAACAAUUUCACUUUUGACAUUUUUAAGACCUUUAUUAAACCGGUGGAGCUUUUGCGCUUUGCUUUUUCCAUUCUUCUUCA